AUGGUCGCGCUCAGUGGAGAACAGUUUUCAUAUACGAUGUCUCGAGACAUCGUUUUUCGAUCACCUUCGCCCAGUAGAGAACAAUUUUCGCCCGCGAUGUCUCCAGACACGAUUCUUCGAUCACCGCUCGAUCGGAGGCAACCGCUCCUUGCCUCCACCUCAAAAUCAUCCGACCAAAACAACUCCCUCAGUUUCGCGGAGGCAGCCGGCGUGACAACCGCCGGCUGCGCCGCCGUAUGCUGCUGCCUACCCGUGGGAGCGGUGGCAAUUAUAUUCCUGAUGGUUUACAAAGUGCCUGCAAGGCUGUGCCGGAGAGCCUUGAGAAUGAAGAGACGGAGGAGAUUGCUCAAGAGAGCGGUGUCGUGGCACGGUGGAAGAAGUUGCGAGUGCGGAUUUUUCGACGAGGUGCAUACGAUGAGCUGCGGAUCCGAUCAGGAAUGGUAUGGAUCGCCGGUGGAAAUGGAUAAAGAAGUGAUGGAAUUGGAGAAGGAAAUGUGGGAUAAGUUUUAUGGGACUGGGUUUUGGAGAAGCCUCUCUCAAAGGGAAGGCAGAUGA